AUGACUGAGUUAUACGAUAUCCUUUCGCCUAGUUCUCAGGAGUCAUAUAAGGCUUGGUCAGCAAACAUAACAUCAUUGAAUGUGUAUGAGCUGAUCGGACCUGGAAACUCUACAUACUCCGUUUUAGCCAGAGUCAUUGACGACCAGGAGAGGGUUUUGGAGUCUAUAAUUCUUGAAACCAUUGUUCCCGCUGGUGACUGGUUAGACGCUUAUGUGGAGAAGUUGAACAGCGAGAUCGAGGGUACAGACGACGUUUUUGAUGGCUUCGAAGAGUCAACGACAACUGAGACUACUUUGUGA